AUGUCACAACCGGGGGAGAAGAGCACGGCCGCCGAGCCGCUGGCCGCCGGCACACCACCCGAGGAUCCCGUUGUCGCGGGGCACGAUGCCCACAACGCUGCUCCGGCCACGGCCACGGCCACGGCCGACCAGGAUGUCGCGAUCCAGAUGGUUGGCGAGGAGCGCCACGCGAUCGACCCCGUCGUGGCCGCCCGCGCCCGGCGCAAGAUCGAUCUGUUCCUGAUGCCCAUGAUGGUUGUUGGAUACGGACUCGUCUACUACGACAAGGCCAUCCUCGGCUCGGCCGUCCUCUUCGGCAUGACGGGCGACCUCGGCCUCGCCGUCGUCGACCGGUCGACCACCCCGCCGACGACCGACACCUCGCGCCUCAGCUGGGCCACCUCGCUCUUCUACUUUGGCAUGCUCGCGGGGCUCUACCCGCUGACCUACCUGCUGCAGCGCUUCCCCGUCGGGCGCACCCUCUGCGCCCUCAUCGCCGCCUGGGCCGCGACGUGCAUGUGCACGGCCGCCGUCACGAGCCACGCGGGGCUCUACGCGCAGCGCUUCUGCCUCGGCUUCGUCGAGAGCGUCAUCCCGACGGCCUUUAUGUGCAUCGUGUCGGGCUACUACACGCAGGCGGAGCAGUCCCUGCGCCAGUCCUGGUGGUUCUCGAGCACGGGGCUCUGGACGGUCAUCGGCGGCGGGCUCAACUACGGCUUCGCGCAGAUCGGCGGCGGCGCGCGCCUGCGGCCCUGGCAGUGCAUCUACCUGUUCGCGGGCGCGCUGACGCUGCUCUUCGGCCUCUGCUGCGCCUGGAUGCCCGACAGCCCCGUCGACGCGUGGUUCCUGACGCGCGAGGAGCGCUUCGCGGCCACGGAGCGGCUGCGCGCGGGCCAGACGGGCGUGCGCUGCACGCGCAUCAAGCGCGCGCAGCUCGUCGAGGCGGCGACCGACGCCAAGGUCUGGCUCGUCGCGCUCAUGAUGGCGUCGGCCUACACCGUCAACGGCGCCGUCAGCGGCUUCGGCCCGCUCAUCGUCUCGACGUUCGGCUGGAGCACGCUCGACGCCAUCCUGCUGCAGUUCCCGCUCGGCGGCAUCUGCCUGUUCGCCAUCCUGGCGACGGGGUACCUCGGCUCGCGCUUCCGCGACGUCCGGCUCUUCAUGCUCGUCGCGUGCUGCCUGCCCGUCAUCGCCGGGUGCGCCAUCAUCUGGCGCAGCGAGUGGACGUACCGCGCCGCGGCGCCCGUCGUCGGCUACUCGAUCACGGGCUUCUUCGGGGCCGUGGUCAGCCUCAUCAUCACGGUCGGCAUGUCCAACGUCGCGGGCCACACCAAGAAGAGCUUCAUGGCGGCGACCAUCUUUGUCGCGUACUGCGUGGGCAACAUUGUCGGCCCGCAGCUCAUCAAGUCGCAGACCAAGGCGCGGCACUACCCGGAGCUGUGGCUGGGCCUGAUCAUCUGCUACUGCAUCACUAUCCUCGCCUCGAUCGCGCUGUACUUUGUCCUGCGCCGCGAGAACGCCAAGAAGGAGGCCCUGGAGGUGGACGAGGCGGAGAAGGACAAGCUCGCCUUCCAGGACCUCACGGACAAGGAGAACCCUUACUUCAGAUACGUCAUGUAG